UGCUUUUCUCGGGGGGGGGGGGGAGUCUCUGUGCAAAGUUGAUUCUAAUAAAUAAUACACGGGCGAGAAAUGUUUGCACGCCGUUUGUCUUGUUCCCCAACAGGUGCACUACGCACCCAUUUGUGUUGCAGGUCUCACGCCGCUUAAAUCCUCAAGUCGACGGGCGCUCCGGAGCACUUAGCCGCCUCCAUUAGCGACUUUGGGUGCACCAUUAGCGCGUCGAUGUGUCACACCUGCAGAGACGGGAUUAUAAUCCUCGCACCUAUAAAAGCCCAUCAAAAAACAGGCUUUACUGAUACGCCGCAUGCUAACGAGGCCAAUAGAGGAAGAAACCUUGCGUAGCUGAGAUGGAGGCCGGUUGUAAAGCGGUGGUGCGCGCGUUGCUGUUGGCCUUGUUUGCGCAGGCGGCAUCGGGGCAGCACUGGUCAUACGGGUGGCUGCCGGGCGGCAAGAGAAGUGUGGGCGAGUUGGAGGCCACCAUCAGGAUGAUGGGUACGGGGGGCGUGGUGGUGCCUCUUCCCGAAGAGGCGAGUGCCCAAACCCAUGAGAGACGUCGACCAUACAAUGUAAUGGAUGAUGAUGAUGAUGAUGAUGAUGAUUCCCAUCAUUUUGAGCGAAAGAAAACGUUCUCUUACAAAUGAAAAGAGGGGGGGGAGGGGUGGAAAAAAAGGACAAUUUACGUGAUUAUCUACAGCGGUGAUGGAUCCCAACCCCCCCCUUGUCCCCCCCUCCCUCUCCCAGAGGGCAGCGCAUUUAUUGCACCAGUGUCAUUGAGAAGCAUAUCUGUCGCAUUCAAACUCGUGAAAAUUGUAAUAAACUCUUUUUGAAGCCUCA